CAGAAUCAUUAUUAACUUUAGAUGGCUCGCAGGCGAGGUGAACAAAUUGGUGAGAGAGAUAGACUGGCAAUACUUCUACGCUACCAGCAAAUUAAAGAUGGGGUCGCAAAUGAAACAGUGAGUGAUCUUUGCAAUGCCUUUCAAGUAGACCGCAAUAUACCAGCGCGAAUUUAUAAAAAUGCAACUCUUCAUGGAACAAUACAGCCAAAACAGCGUUCUGGGCGACCAAGCCUUGUCAAAAAUGCUGCUUUGCAAGAAAGAAUGGUCAAUGCUAUUCGUGAAAGGCGUCACCCGACAGUGCAACUUUUAUUGCAACCGCCCCAAAGCUCGGAUUUAAAUCCAUUAGAGGAAGGCAUUUUCAAAGUUUUGGUCGAUAAAGUUGAACUGAAAAACCCUACAACGCGGCAUGAAUUGCACGAAGCCGUCUUGCAGUCUUGGGAAGAGCUAUCUGAGCGGAAAAUUCGUGGAUGUAUUCAACAUCAAACUCGUGUUCGGCGUCAAAUAGUUGACUGUCGUGGGGGUAACAGAUUCGUGUAAUAAAUUUUGUGUUUAUUUUUGUUUCAUAAUAUAUUUUGUUUUUCAUAUGUGUAGUUUGAGCUAUACAAAAAUUUGAAAAUUAGCUUUUUCUUGCAAUAAAUACAUCUAAAUCUAGACUUUUUCCUUAGCCUUUAAAAUAAGACUGUUUACUAUUUUGUUUACAUGGACCCCAAAAAAUCCUGUAUGAAAUAGAUAGAGAAGAAAGAAAAUCAUAGUGAUGGUGCCUGGUUUUAUUUUCAUACGGAUCCUGGUUGAGAAGCACUGCUUUAUGUGGUCUUUGGAUCUGUUAGAAACAACGACCAAAACUCCUUUAAAUGUCACUCCUUAUAUAUAUAUAUAUAUAAUGUGAUUCUACUAACUUCUAAGUUCAGUGUUGAUCUGGGACAAAAACGAUUCUGAUGUCCAGUUAUUUCUUUUACAGGGUUUAGAAAAACUGAAGGACUGCUGCAAUAAACGUGUGAACCUGAGAGAGGAAUAUGUUGAAUAAAAUCAUAGUUAACUGAUCCUUCUGUAUGUUUUUUUUUUUUUUUAACUCAAAUCCAGGAACUUUCCAACACCCCUUCAUAAAGAUAUUGUUCACAAAGGAAAAUUACCAACUAGUUCAGUGCUAGAGAUGAAAAUAAUAUAUGAUUUUAGGUUCUGUCAUAGCGGAAAGAUCGCUAGCAAAUGAUUUAGCAUACAUGUUGAUAACACCAGUGCCAACAUAUUUAAUGCAGUGAACAAACAAAUUUUAAUUGAAGGAAAUUAGUCACAAGAAAACAUUAGUAUAAUUCAGAUUAAAAACCAAAACUUCAAGGAGAAACAAUUAUGGUAUGCAAAGUAAAACAAAAAUGUUAAUUAAUUCAGUGGGAAGGUGUUUUAUCUUGACAGUAUGGUGACAAUGAUUCUAUUUUUAAUUUCAAUGGAGUAAGCUAAAUCACCAACCAAAUAAUUUUAUUCUAUUGUUUAUCUAAAAGAUUGUAUUUUUAAUUUAAAUUAAGU